GGGUUUCGUCUUCCUGCAUUGUCAUCUUCAUCUCUGGAUUUUGCCGGUUUUCAACAAGGAUUUAAAAUUCCAUUCGUAUUCAUCAAAAUAUGUCUGGUAGUAGAGAAUCAUCCUAUGAAUCUAUUUCCAGGCGCAGAAACACAGCUGAUAAAUUGGUUGAUGUCUGCGUUGACACUAAGGAGAAGCAGAAUGAGAAAGAUACUAGUGAUGGCAAAACGACGACUGAUGAUGAGAUCUCCGCCAGUCCGUCAGUCAACCCUGCUGAGGUUGAACUGGGAAUCUCUAUCCAUGAAUAUCCAACUGUUGGACUUUCUUUCGAUCUUCUCCUGAAUAACUCAUGUCGUGACCACCAGAAUAUGGGUGGGUUUAUCGUGUCUAAGUGUUAUGCCGCUAUGUAUACCAAGAUCUGCAAGAUAUACGGUCACAUCGCUACCACCGAGGUAUGGAAGAACGAUCCACAAACACUUGUUAUUGCUGUAGCUGGAUUGCUACCCGUGAUUGAAGAGAUGGAGAAGAAGAAUCUUCGUGAUGUCAGCAACAAGGAACUGUAUCGGUAG